CGACAACAAACUUCCCCUGACAUGACUCAAGUUCUGAGUUGCAUUUGUCAGAGAGGAGGGAAAGGAAGGUGUCGGUCUGGUGUCUUCCCUGACAACCCCCGGACGCGGUUAGACUCGGCCCGCGUCAAAUUAGGCUGAUUCACAGCCUCCGCUCAUAAACAGCCCACCGUCUAUCCAGAACCCACGGACUACCCUGUAAUUGCUCUUACAUGUGACUACAGCGACACACAGACACAGGCACCAGGCUCUGAGCACGGCCCGGCUCACAUCCAUCACCAGCCUCUCCCCGCGGCCCGGCCCAGGACCCGGACUGCGGCUGCCCUCUGUAUUGCCUGAGCGCACCGCCUGCUCAUCCCUUCGGUUCACCGUCCCUUCCUUGACGGUGUGGCAGCGGGGAACCGAGGAACGGACAGGUAUGUCGUCCACCUGAACGAUCCUCCCUGUCAGAAUGGGCGCAAGGCGCCGGAUAUUCAUGUGGAUUAUUUUUUAUUAAAAGUUUAAAAUGUAGAAGAAUGAUUAUUAAAAUACCUGGAGCUAGACACAAAAGUUAUUGACUGUCCCAACAUCACCAACUCUUUGAUCUUGUUAUGAAUUGCCUGUAAGCUGAAAGAAUCUUCUAGCUGAAAUGUGAUGGCUUACAUUCCAAAGAAGUGUGGUGUUAAGUUCAAACCACCUGCUAUUGUUUUAAUCUACGAAGAUGAAAAUACUAAGAAAACUCGACAAAGGAUGAUACCUGUUCGAAAUUUCUCCAAAUUUUCAGAUUGUGGCCAAGCUGCAGAACAGAUGAAGAAUAACCCUCGGCACCAAGUAUAUUUCGAUAGAGUGUCGCAGCAGCAGCUGCAGAAAUUAUAUCAGCUCCUGAGGGAUAGCCUGAAUGGGCUGAGUCUUAACCAGAGCCUGGAGACCUUCCUGAAGGAAAACUCUAUCAACCCAGAGGAGGAUCUCAACAAACUUGACGACAAUGAGUUGGCAAAAAAGAAAAAAAUCAUGGAUGAGCUGUUUGAAAAGAACCAGAAAAAACCCAGUGACCCAAAGUUUGUUUAUGAUCUGGAAGUGGAUUUCCCCGAGGAUGAGCAGAUUGAGUCAUGUGGCUGGGAUGAUGAAGAUCAAGGUGGAGAGUUCUGACUGAGCUUUAUUUUCAGAACUGUCAGCGUGUACCUUUGAGGACAGAAGAAUAACCUAGUCUUUAGUUGCCUUGAGUUAAAUCAAUCUAUUAUUAUAUUACAAAUGGUCAAAAUGACAAUUGCAUCACACAUGGAAUUAUAUAAAAACAGGUUAAAGGGCACAGGAACAGGAUGUUAUUACUCCUGAGUAAGCUGCAGCUGCUAAACAGAAACUUUGAAAAUCACUUUUGUAAUGAUUAAGAUGUGGAAGGGAAAACAUUAUGGCCAUUGUACCUGAUCACCAAACAAGAGUCCCUAAAUGAUUAUCUACAAAUGCAGGAUCAAAUUCUUUGCUAUUUUACUAACUUGCCAUUUAUCAGAAGAUUUAUAAUGGUGGCUUUAUAUUAUUGGAAACUUUUAUCAUGUUUUCAGAUGUGAAACAUUUGCUUGUACUCAAUAUGUCUCAAUGUCAGUAUAAUAUUGUUGUUAAUUUUUAUCCUAACUGCCUAGA